AUGCUUAGCGGUCUCUUCACAUCGACACUUACCCAGCAAGCCAUAACGUACGAUGUACGGAAAGCCCUGUCACUUCAGGCCAACGAUACCGCCAGCGUGGACAGAGCGACCACGUUUUCAACCUAUGAUGGAAACAUGUUGGCUCUUACACCGUACGACACUCUGCGAGAGCAGCGAGCCAUCUUCGAGGGGUUCUUUACCCCUUCCACCGAGAGAGUGACGGAACUGAGAGCUAAUUGCUCAUCUGGUGACUGCAUCUGGCCAGCCUACGGAAGUCUUGCCGUUUGUGGUGGUGUGGCAAACCUGUCAACAGUCAACAACCCUGCGCUCCACGACCGUCUCAGAAAGACAACUGAAAAGCGUCUUCAACUCCUUCUUCAGACCAGCAACAUCACAGCGGGCUCAGCUGGUUACGGGAACUUUUACACCGCCAUCGACAAGGUGUUUCCCGUCAUUAUUGGAUUGUUGGACGAGCCCACCGGGGCAUUCAACCAAUCGGUAACUGAUUUGAUCGUCAGCGACAGUUUCAUUGCUUAUACAGAAGAGAUGGUUAGCACUUCCUCUGACGCUGACGCAUUGACUGAGAUGAUGUCAAAGGUCAAGUACUUGGAAUUGGCGUUCUGGUGGUGUACCAAAACAUAUGAGACAGAAGUCACCCAGGGUCAGUCUGUGACAAGAGAAGUCUCGACCUUAUCGCAGGUCACCAGUGAACUAAACAACACACUGAAUGUGGCAUGGGACCCCAAGUUCUAUCCUUGCUAUUCCACGGGCCAGUGUAACGACACUUAUGGGGGGGCCGAAUUCACCUUGGAAAGGCCACCGAAUGCGGAGGAUUCUGUCGACUUUACGAUAAACGUUUGGACUUCAUUAACGGCGUCCAUGUUACUAGCGUCGACAAUGCUGGACUCGUUGCUGAUGGAUAGAACUCGAGGGGUGGUUGCUUCGAACGGUGGAGGGUCAGCUAAGGCAUUUGCCUUUUCUCUGCUGGGAGACUUCUUGACAACCGAGUUACCUCCUCCCGAAAAGCGACUCGCCGAUAUCCAGACUGUGAUGACCAAUGCGGCGCGCUCGAUGACAAACCUGCCUGAAAGCGUUGUCCAGGGCAGUGUAUACGCCCCUCAGGCGUUUGUCAGAAUUCGAUGGGAGUGGAUGGGCAUGCUUACUACGCAACUGGUGUUGACAACCCUGUUUCUCGUUCUGACUGUCGCAGCGACGUACAUGUCGCGUGUGCAGGUGAUCAAGAGCUCAAGUCUGGCGACGCUUUGCGCACUGGAUGACGAGACGCGACAGGAUAUCGGAGGUAUCGGGGAUGGCGUGGACAAGUUGGAGCAAAAGGCGAAGAAAGUGUCAGUGCGACUCGAAAGGAGCAAACAUGGUGACAUCGAGGAUUCAGCAGGUAGACCUGCUCUUUGGCUGGGGACACCAAAGCAAGAGCGUUUGGAAUCAAGGACUUGGUGA